GCCCCUGGGGCUGCGCCCCGCGGGGUCCCCGUCCCGGCCAGACUUUCGAGGAGCUGUCCGUGCGCCACCGCCUCCGGGACUUGGCCAACUUCCGCAGGCCUCGGUGUCACCUGCAGUCCCUGGGCCAAGGAGCGGCCCAACAGGUGCCUGCGCCCGAAGGCUGGGCUGGGCCGCUGGGAUCCCCGACCGGGGGCCCCCACCGAGCCGGUGUGCAGGGGAGGAGCCCGGGCCUCCCGCACCUUCCAGAGAGGACAGUUUGUGAGUGGCCCUCCUUGCUGGCCCCGAGCCGUGUCCCUUCUACAACUCCGACUAAGUGGGCUUCUCAACCCAGAAUGGACCCCCUUUCCGGCGGCUUAUUUGUGGUACUUCAUUUAUCCCACAGUACUGGGGAGUGGAACCCCCUAGGGCAGGCAAGGCUCCUGCUCACCAAGCUACUGCCCACCUCCUUUUAUUUUUCAUUCUGGGACAAGGUCUCUCUAAGCUGCCCAGGCUGGCCUCACACAUGCAAUGCUCCUGACUCAGCCUCCUGAGUAGCAGGGAUGACAGGCGUGCAGCACCACCCUCGGAGAUGUCUGUAUUUCAGCCUGGAUAACCUCCCACAAGGGUCGAGCUGGCGGCUCUUCUAGCUUCUUGCGUCCAGACCUUGGCUACCUGCCUCAUCUCUCUGUGGCUUCUGGUCCCAGUGCUGCACACGGCCAGGAAACACUGCCCGGCAAGGGGAUGCCUGAGGCUGAGUGCCACAGUGCUCCAAGGGUGGCUGUCUGAGUUUCAGGGACCUGAGCCUCAGCAGCCCGUGGGCCAUUCCUCACCGAGGGUUCGGCCCUUUUGGGGAGCACACCGUGAAUGCCAGCUGGAUCGCAGUCCAGGAGCUGGAGAAGCUGGGGCUGGGGGACCGCGUGGAUCUGCACGUGUACGAGAUCCCGGUGGAGUACCAGACCGUGCAGAGGCUCAUCCCCGCCCUCUGGGAGAAGCACAGUCCACAGCUGGUGGUGCAUGUUGGGGUAUCAGGCAUGGCAACCACGGUCACACUGGAGAAAUGUGGGCACAACAAGGGCUACAAGGGACUGGACAACUGCCGCUUCUGCCCUGGCUCCCAGUGCUGUGUGGAGGACGGGCCAGAAAGCAUUGACUCCAUCAUCGACAUGGAUGCCGUCUGCAAGAGGGUCACCACCCUGGGGCUGGAUGUGUCAGUGACCAUCUCGCAGGAUGCUGGCAGGUACCUCUGUGACUUCACCUACUAUACCUCUCUGUACCAGAGCCACGGGCGCUCGGCUUUCGUCCACGUGCCCCCGCUGGGCAAGCCCUACAACGCAGACCAGCUGGGCAGGGCGCUGCGGGCCAUCAUUGAGGAGAUGCUGGACGUCCUGGAGCAGUCGGACGGCCAAAUCAGCUGUUGCCACGAACACUGAGGCCCUCAGGCCACCGUGACCUGGUCUGUGGGGACCCCUGCCCCAAGCCUGGUGGGGAGGACAAGCCCGCCGCUGCGGAUCCGACUUUCCACCUCCUCCUCCUCCUCAGCAAACGCACUGGCUGACAUGAAGGAAGUGGCCGAAGACUUUCCCGUUUCCCAGUGUCUGCGGGGACGGCAGCUGCUGCAGCCAGGAGGCCAGCAGGCCUGGAUUGGCACAGGUCUGCCCGGUGGUGCCACAACCGGGGGCACCCAGAAUCUGCUUUUUCAAGUUUGCUGGUGAAAGAGCCCCAGAGUCGCUCUGUCCCUGACUGCUCUGAUUUGAACGUUGCAUCAAGAACCUGGUCCCUAAAACAUGUCCCCAAAGAGGGACAGCCUCAGAUGGGGCCAGCUUCUGGAUAUGGCUGGUUUUCCCUUUCCUUUCCAUUUUUUCUCUCUUUGUUUUGUUUUUUGGUUGUGUUUUGAGAGUCUCAGAACCCAGGCUGGCCUCAAAUUCACAGUGAUCCUCCUGCCUCAGCCUCCCAAGUGCUGGGACUAGAGGUGUGUGCCACCACACCUGGCUCUUUGGCUUUGCUUUUCUUUUCCCUUUCUCCUUUGUUUUUCCUCUCUCAAAGCAAUAGUGCUAUUUCUGGAACACAGUAAUUUAUAUUCCCUUUGGUUAAAACAUUGGCUUUAGCCAACAACAAAAGUGUCUUUUUCCUACGA